AUGUCCCCUCUUAGAGGCUAUAUUACAUCUUAUCCCCCGCGAGUGCGCCAGUAUGGGAAUGCACUCCUCACUCCUGUCAUCCCUCCGAGCCAAGUCGGCCCUACACCACGAACGACAAAACGAGGGACCGUUGCGAUCAAUUAUGCAGAGGAUGGCUUUGAUGAUGAUGAUUUCGAGGAUAGUGAAGGGCCUCGGCGGCCCACAGGACUGAGGAGUCUCCGACGAGAAGAAUCGACAUUUGAGAAAGUUCCUCUCGCGGAGAAGUUAGGGAAAGAGAUCCAUGCUCCCGUUGAGGUUCAAGGUGUAUUUCGAGAUUGGAUGAUUAAAAGGAUGUUACGACCUGCUUGCGCGGACCAAUUACAAAUCCAAGCACAGCUACCUUUAACACUCAUACCUAUUCGGAUUGAUUUGGAAGUUCCAGCGCAUCAACCAUUGGAACCUUUUCCCCUGCCACGGACUGUCGUGGAUCCAGCAAUUAAUCCUACAUUACCUGGGUAUAGGCGUCCCGACCCCUUGCCUGCCUAUCGCAUCAAGGAUACCUUCCUUUGGAACCUCCACGAGGCUCUAGCGACUCCAGAGGAGUUUGCAAUUGGGUUUGUUCGCGACAUGGACUUGCCCAAUCCACAAGCCAUGACUAUGGCGAUCAGCAACCAGAUACGCCAACAGUUAGAAGAAUUUGCCGGGGUUGCGCUUCAUCCAUUGUUCCAGAGUACACAACCAAAACCUGCACCAACUUCUCAAAAUAGCCUCUCACGAGAGGUGUCCAUGACCCCGGCCUUUCCUCAUAUCGCAACGCCUGAUAGCAGAGCUAAUGCGGUCACGGUUACCAAAGAACCUCUCGUUAACGAUAGUAUUCUGAACCCUGAUGAUGCAUAUCGGUGCUUGAUACAUUUGAACAUCAAUUUGCAGAACAAGUUGUAUACUGAUAAAUUCGAAUGGUCACUAUUACACCCUCCUGGUAUGGCAGAGGAGUUUGCCAAAAUUACCUGCGCCGACUUAGGUUUGGGUGGAGAAUGGGUCGGCGCUAUCUCACACGGCAUUUACGAGGCUGUUUUGAAAUUGAAGAAGGAGGUUUGUGAAAGUGGCGGGCUCAUCAGUGGCAUAGGAGGCUAUGGGAACGAAAUCGAUAAUCAAGCGGCCAAUGGCACCGAGGCGGGCUGGCGUUAUGACCCCGAAGGUCUUGGCGAUGAAUGGGAACCCAAGGUAGAAACCCUUUCGAAGGAAGAAAUCGAAAAGCGAGAAGGCGAUCGUGAGCGUCAGAUUCGACGCUUGAGGCGAGAAACGGCCCGAUUCUCUUCCACAGCGGGAAUUACUCCGGAGGUUUCCCGACAAGGCAGUGGGUAUUUUGAUGUUGAUAGUGAAACCCCACUGGGUCGAGGCGAAAGAAGCAAACGAAAAAAGCGUUUCCGCAGCCUGAGCCCAGGUGCGAGGGGAGGCACCCCUGGUGGGCGAGGCACUCCCGACACCGGCUCAGGAGCGGGUUACGGCGGUGGCGGUGGUACACUACCUGACUGGGAACGACAGAAUUGGCGAUGCAGCAACUGCAUGGUCUGGGGUACCGCCGUCUGGGCAAUGCGGGAUGGCCCAGCCGGUACAAAGUCCCUGUGCCAUAACUGCGGUCUUUUGUAUGAACGAGACAAGGUUGCCCCAGAAUGGUCGAGAGAUCUACACCGACACGACGUGCCUAUUGGCCGAUGA